AUCUAAAUUCAGAAUCUGUGGUAAAAAGUAGAAACUUAACCAGAAAUUACAAUAAUUACAUAUUGCUGAUGAACAAGAAAAUAUAACCGAAACUAAAUAUACAUUCAUUAGAUUACUAAUUAAAGAUUCAACUUAACGUUAAUUCAUUUUAGAAUCAUUAAAUGUCAUAACUUGAACUUCCAUUUGGAAGAUACGGACUACGGUUACCGUAGGUUGUUAAAAAUUAGCCUAGAGCUGAGAGGCCCACAGGAUGGCAUUCCCUGUAUGUAUUUGUGCUUAAUUUAAACAGCCCUAAUUAAAUUGUACACAUUACUACGUAAAGUUUUUGGAUUUCUUCUAGUUUAAAAUCAAUACAUCAACAUGGAUGACUCUUGUAAAUUUCAACAAAUGCAGGAUGAAAUGUCCAGAUUUGAAGCAGAGAUCUCUGGUUCAGGAGGACCAUCUAUGCGUCCCGUGAUAGGCGCUGCUACAUUUGGCGCCGUUCAACAACAACUUGAGCGGUCAUUGCCUCCUCCACCGCCACCACCAGCUUUAUUAGCAUCGUUUGACCAUAGUGUUUUAGGUGGCAGGAUGAUAUUCCCUACUGGGGCUCCUCCCCCAGCCCCUCAAUCUAUGAUGGUACCUGCUUCAGUUCAAAGACUUCGCCCGCCAAGUGGCCCAGGAGACUAUUCUGCUCCUAUACCUUUCCUAAGACCUGGACUUCCAGGACCACAACUGAUUCCUCCACCUCCUGCACCCCCAAAGCCACAACCAGUAAUUUUAUCAGCUGCACCCAAGUUAUAUAAACAGCCCAAAGAUGAUGAUGAUAAAAAAGAAAGCAAGAAAAAGAAGCGGUCUCGUCCAAUUACUCCGCCUCUAGAAAUUGAAAAGCCUCCAACUCCACCUCCAGCUCCACAGCCGUUGCCAGUACCUGUCUUUGUGCCUGAGACUUUGGUGCCUAAGGCAAAGAAAGAGAAAAAACAUAGAAAGGUGGUAAGGACAGCAGGUGGUCAGGUGUGGGAGGAUGUGACGUUAUUGGACUGGCCUGAUGAUGACUUUCGGAUGUUCUGUGGAGAUCUUGGAAAUGACGUCACCGACGAAUUACUUGCUAGAACAUUUGGAAAGUACAGCUCAUUUCAGCGAUCUAAAGUCAUCAGAGACAAGAGAACUAACAAAAGCAAGGGUUUUGGCUUCGUGAGUUUCAAGGAUCCUGGAGAUUUCAUUAAGGCUAUGAAGGAAAUGGAUGGUCGAUAUGUAGGUAGUAGACCCAUUAAACUGCGCAAGAGUACGUGGAAGAAUCGCGCGCUUGACGUCGUCAGGAAGAAGGAGAAGGAGAAGGCGGCUCUACUCUCUCUACUCAUGUCGGCGAAUAAAAGUUGACAUAAUUGACAUUUAUUCAUAGAAAUAUAUAUGAGAUAAACAA